AUGGAUAUCAAUGUCGACAAGUACCCGGCUAAGAGCCACGCCAGGCGCGUCGCGGAGAAGCUCAAGGCCGCGGGGCAUGGCUCUACUGGCAUUAUCUUUGUCGAAGGCCAGAAGGAGCAUAUUAUUGAUGAUAGUGACGAGCCAUUUCACUUCCGCCAACGACGAAACUUCCUCUACCUGUCCGGCUGUCUUGAGGCCGAGUGCUCUGUUGCAUACAACAUUGGGAAAGAUGAACUCACUCUGUUCAUUCCACCAGUCGAGCCAGCCUCGGUUAUGUGGUCCGGCCUCCCUCUCGAGCCUGCCGAGGCCUUGAAGCAGUUCGAUGUCGAUACCGUGCUCCUCACUACCGAGAUAAACAACUAUCUCGCAAACUGCGGAGGCGAGAAGGUCUUCACAAUUGCGGACAGAGUCUGCCCGGAGGUCUCCUUUUCAUCCUUCAAGCAGAACGACACUGCUGCUUUGAAGCUUGCUAUCGAGACUUGCCGUGUGGUCAAGGACGAGUAUGAGAUUGGCCUUCUCCGACGUGCCAACGAGGUCUCUAGCCAAGCCCACAUCGAAGUGAUGAAGGCUGCUACCAAGUCAAAGAAUGAGAGAGAGCUCUACGCUACUCUCAACUAUGUCUGCAUGUCCAACGGCUGCUCCGACCAGUCCUACCACCCAAUUCUGGCGUGUGGGCCCAAUGCUGCCACUCUCCACUACACUAAGAACAACGGUGACCUAACCAACCCAGCUACUGGGGUUAAGGACCAGCUCGUCCUUAUCGAUGCUGGAUGCCAGUACAAGGCCUACUGCGCAGACAUCACACGUGCAUUCCCCUUGUCCGGCAAAUUCACGACCGAGGGCCGCCAGAUCUACGACAUUGCCUUGGAGAUGCAAAAAGUCGCCUUUGGCAUGAUCAAGCCUGAUGUUCUGUUCGAUGAUAUGCACGCUGCGGUCCACCGGGUGGCUAUCAAGGGGCUGCUGAAGAUCGGCAUUCUCACUGGUUCCGAGGACGAGAUCUUUGAGAAGGGAGUCAGCACUGCCUUCUUCCCCCAUGGCCUAGGCCACCAUCUCGGCAUGGACACCCAUGAUGUCGGUGGCAACCCUAACCCAGCUGACCCGAACCGCAUGUUCAAGUACCUGCGUCUGCGUGGCACUGUCCCAGAGGGAUCUGUCAUUACUAUCGAGCCUGGUGUCUACUUCUGCCGCUACAUCAUUGAGCCAUUCCUUACUAGCCCGGAGACCAGCAAGUACAUCAACACCGAAGUGCUAGACAAGUACUGGGCUGUUGGGGGUGUGCGUAUCGAGGACAACGUCGUCGUCCGCGCCAACGGCUUCGAGAACCUUACUACAGUGCCAAAGGAGCCCGAGGAAGUUGAGCGCAUUGUCCAGGAGGGCGCCAAGUAG